AGUCAAAAAUCUGAAAUGAAAUUAUCAUCUUAUUCUACAACUAUUCUUUCUCCUGUUCAAGAAGAACCAGAAGAAAUUCAGACAUCUGAAGAUAUACCAUUUACUAAUAUAACAAAUAAAAUUAAUGAAUUAAUAACUUUUAAUAAUAAUGAAAAAUUAAAAUCUCUUCAUGAAAUAUCUUUAAACUUGUGGACUAGCAAUCCAUCAGAUAUUAUUCCAUCUAUAGAAGAAACAUCACAACAAAAAAUCGAUGAAAAUAAACGAAAUAAAAAAGAAAGAGAAACAAAAUCCCAAGAAAAACCACUAAUAGUAAUUUUACGUAAAGCUGUUCCAUUUAUUUCUGCUACUCAAGACAAACAAAUUGAUGUUGAAGAUGAUCCUGUCAUAAAAUAUAAAAAGAAGAAACGAAAACAUUCAUAUGCUAUUGCAAUACAUUUACUUAAUGUAGAACGUUUUACAAUUCCACCUAUAUCUAUUAUUAAUUUUAAUGAAAUACAUCAUAAAUAUAAUGAUACUAUUGAAAUAAAAAAUGAAAAAUUUGAACGAUCACGUUUACAUUUAAUUAAACCAAUGAUAAAAAAUUUUGAAUUUGAUAAUAAUUUUCAACAACAUAAUAAAGAAAUUCAAAAUAUUGAUGCAUAUAAUCUUGAUAAAGUAUUAUUUUAUUUUAAUAAUGAUACAAAAGAAAUUGAUCAACUAGCUAUGUUUUCAGAAUAUAUUCCAGAAGAAAAACAAAUUCGUCGUAUUUCAUUAACAGCAAUAAAAACAAAUGAAAAUUUUAUUAAACAUCUUGCUUCAAGAAUAUCACAUUUAUAUAAUGGAUGGCAACCAAGUGAUACAAGUAAGAAAAAUAAAACUAACAGUAGACGUAUGCUAAAUAGUUUCAAGCUUUUGAAUUUAUUUUUUGAUUAUAAAUAGAUUUUAGGGAAAAUAAGAAAAAUCCUUAAAAGCAAUUCAUUCAUAUAUGAUUUUAAUAAUAUUAUUUUGAUCUUAAAUAAAAUUAUGAAAUUAGUAUUAUUUAUCAGAUUUCUAAAUGGAUACAUUCUGAAAGUUUUCAACAUUGUCAUUUCUAUAUCAAUUAUGAAUGCCACUCAAUUGUCUUUUCUUCAUGUCUGAUUUAAGUCUUAUACCAUUUUGUUUUCUUCUUUGAUUCAUCAAAAAAAACUUAUUAAAUACUAGUUUCUAUAUUGUUACAACUUUUGAAAUUUCAUAAUUUAGUCUUGUUAAAGAUUUGGGAAUUGAAUGACUUUUAAUUCUGAAGUAUUAGCAGAAUCAAUAAACGAUAAUUUGAAAAAAGAACGCGUUUUUUUUAUCACAACGUUUAAUGACACGUCAUGAACAAACAAUCUUAAAGUUUUCUUAGCGUCCGUGAUGAGGAAAAUCUUCCUAAUGAAAAGACAACAUCAAUUAUGUAGAACUAAAUGAGCUAUGAGUACCCUAUAAACAGUUCAGAUCCCUACCUUACUCCUGAUGAGAUACUGCAUUUUUACGAUAGCUUUUAAAUGAGGGCUACAGCUCUCCUCAAAGACAUCAGGAAAACUGAUUCUCGAAUUUCGACUUGAAACUCAAGUAUAGUACAAGCUUGUCUUUUACACUGCUCAAAUAUAUCAGCGAAUUUGAUAUUCUUAUGUUAUAAUAAAAGUACAUUGAAAGAUAUGAAACUUUCACAGUAAACUAUUCUUGUUUAAGUUUGUUUCGGUACUAAUUUUCAAGUCGAAGUUCAAUAAUCAAUUUUUCUGAAGGCGACUCAAGGGGGAAACAGCUGACACCAGUCUCUUGGAGUCAAGUGGAGUCAAGUGAAGUCAAGUGGAGUCGAGUGGAGUCAAGUGGAGUCAAGUGGAGUCAAGUGGAGUCAAGUGGAGUCGAGUGGAGUCAAGUGGAG